AUCCCGACCCACAGUUACUGCUUGACCCAAUAAAUUCCUCUAGUAGUUUGUAAGUUUCUCCAGAUUCCGGUGUAACAACUCAGUAGGUCAGGCAGCAUCUGUGGAAAUAAACUUUUCAGGCCGAGACCCUUCUUCAGUGCUGCAGAAACACUGUUGUGUCUUGAUGCAGGGUGUUGACCUGAAACGUCGACUGACUUCUAUCCGUUCUUUCGUAGUCCUGAUGUUGAUGAUGAUAUGGGAGUGAGUGAUGGUUUCUCUGUUUCGACGGUCAAAGCGAGCAUAGUUGCAGUCUUGGCUGAGAAACCGGAACAAAGAGAAGUGAAAUAGAUUCCUUUUUGUCGGGCGGGUGUGCGGGUGCUUGAUGCUUUAUUUCUCCGAAUGAGUUCGUUCCAUGAUUCUGAUUUGCGUUGUGGCUGUCUGUGAUGAAGACGAAGCUGAGAGUUGUACGCUACAUUCAUAUUUCGGUAACAAAUCUACUUGGAAUUUUUGAACUUAAGAAUCCCGUGAGUCUCAAGGGUUAAAUCAUGAAAGGUAUCUAGCUUUUCCUAAAUUUAUUGGGAGGAGCUUGGAUUGUCAUUUCCCCCCGGGACAAGAAAUUACCAGCGAACGGUUUCCCCCGUUGGGAGUGUCGGAAAAAGGCGAAACUCACCCUCGACAACUCCCCUGCACCGUGCCAGUCCUGGUGCGCCUCUCCUGGACUAAUUUCCCUCUUCUGGACUCUAUUUUGCUCCGUUUUCCGUCCCAUUGAAGUUGAAGCAUGUUGCGAUGUCUGCUGUCUGCGGCGAGGAACCUUCCCAACGUGGAAAAGAGCGGCAGACACAGCGAUCCAGUGGCCACUCUGAGCUUCAGAGGUGUAAAGAAGAAGACUAAAGUCAUCAAGAACAACUUGAAUCCUGUGUGGAAUGAGGGCUUCGAAUGGGACUUGAAAGGAACUCCACUGGAUUCAAGUUCUGAGAUCCACGUGGUGGUGAAGGACCAUGAAACCAUGGGCAGAAACAGGUUUCUGGGAGAAGUCCACACCACCCUCAACGAUGUGCUGAGCUCCCCACACUUGAUGGCCAAAUACAAUCUGGCAUUGCUGGACAUGAAGAAACAGAACACUGGGGCCACCGUAGUUCUACAGGUUUCGUACGUCCCACCUCCGGGGGCUCCACCCUUAAUGCCCCCACCUGCUCAACCCGAGCCGCCAAUGACAAUGGGGUCUCUUGAUACGGACACUCUCACUGACACUGCUGGCGAGGGAGACGAGGAAACAGAAGAUCCUUUGGCCACGGGCGAUGAAGUCGAACCCUCACCGGGGACCCCGGGUGUCGAGCCUCCCAGCUUGCCAAAGAAACCACCAACCAGUGUGGUCCACGGGGUCAGGAAAAGGAAACGGGCGAGCAAACAACUGCUCCCGAACAAGCCCCAGGAUAUCCAGGUGAGAGUACAUGUGGCUGAAGGGCGUCAGAUCCCGGGCGUCAACAUCAGGCCUGUGGUUAAAGUGACGGUCGCCGGGCAGACGAAGACCACGCGGAUCCGGAAAGGCAACAACCCAGUCUUCGAUGAGACUUUUUUCUUCAACUUCUACGACACUCCAGCUGAACUUUUUGAUGAGCCAAUAUUCAUCAUGGUCUACAACUCCUACACUCUGCGUUCAGACUCUGUGAUCGGGGAGUUCAAGAUGGAUAUUGGGACGGUUUACUCCGAGCCGAAACACGCUUUUCUCAGGAAGUGGCUUCUUCUCUCCGACCCCGAUGACCUGGCUGCUGGUGCCAAAGGUUACUUGAAGGUCAACCUCAUCGUGCUUGCCACUGGCGACGAAGCACCUCUGGAGAAGAAGGAUGCUUCUGAUGACAAAGAGGACAUCGAGACAAACCUUCUCCGGCCCAAUGGUGUCUCUCUGCGGAGUGCCUAUUUCAUGCUGAAGGUUUACCGAGCAGAAGACCUUCCACAGAUGGAUGAUGCUGUAAUCGACAGUGUGAAACAGAUCUUUGGAUUUGAUAGCAACAGGAAAAACCUCGUUGACCCAUUUGUGGAAGUGAGCUUUGCCGGAAAAAUGGUCUGCAGUAAGAUUAUUGAGAAGAACGCUAACCCUCAGUGGAACCAGAGCCUCGUGCUGCCAAUUAGGUUUCCUUCCAUGUGUGAGAAAAUGCGGAUCCGCCUGACGGACUGGGAUCGUCUCUCUCAAAACGAUGUGAUUGGCACCACCUAUCUGUGUAUGUCAAAAAUCUCAGCCCCCGGAGGAGAGAUCGAAGAUAUUACCCCAGUGAAGGCUGAAUCAACCCGUGGCUUUGAUGAUGGUCUGGGAUACCUGCCCACCUUUGGGCCCUGCUUCGUGAACCUGUAUGGCAGUCCACGAGAGUUCACGGGCUUCCCCGACCCCUACACGGACAUGAACCUUGGAAAGGGUGAGUCGAUGGCCUACCGAGGAAGGGUCCUGCUGGAAUUGAGCACCAAGUUGGUGGAACGAGCCGAACAGAAGAUCGAAGAAAUUCCCUCAGAGGAGCUUCUGAGACUCGAGAAACACCUUCGCCGUCGCAAGUUCCACCUCUGUGCCGUUUUCUACUCUGCCACCAUGCUGCAGGAGGUGAGCGACGCCAUCCAGUUCGAGGUCAGUAUCGGUAACUACGGCAACAAGUUUGAUGCCACCUGCCUCCCCCUGGCCUCCACCACCCAGUACAGCCGGGCUGUGUUUGACGGUUGCCAUUAUUACUUCCUGCCAUGGGGGAACGUGAAGCCUGUGGUGGUGUUAUCGUCCUACUGGGAAGACAUCAGUCACAGGACCGAUGCUCUCAACACCUUGCUCUAUGCUGCACACAGACUGGAAUCCGGCCUGGAAAUGGUCCAUCUCGCCAUCAAAGCCAAGAGCCCUGAGAGUGAAGUGGAGGCCAGAGUGAUGGAGAUGAUUGACAACAUAAUCACUGACUGCAGCCAGCCCUUGCCCGACGUCUCAGAGGUCCCAUCUGCCACCUGCCUCGACGGUCACAUCCAUCGGUUCCGUUCUACCAACCUGAGUCAGAUCCGACAGAUGGCCGAGAUCCUGAAGCACCAGGAACAGUUGGAGCUGCAGCCUGUCCUGGACCAGGCAGAAGACUGGCUCGAGCGACUCAGGUCCAUGGCUGAAGAGCCGCAGAACAGCCUGCCUGACAUUGUCAUCUGGAUGCUCCAAGGAGACCGGCGGGUUGCCUACCACCGUAUCCCGGCCCACGAAGUGCUGUUCUCCAGGAGAAGCCAAGUCUGCCACGGGAGACACUGUGGUGCCCUUCAGACCAUCUACAUGAAGUAUCCACGAGGCGAUUCCAAGAUUGGCAAGAUCCCAGCCCAGGUGCGAGUGAGGAUCUGGUUUGGAAUGGCCACCGACAACAAGGAAUUCAAGCAGUUCACCGAGGGCAAGCUGUCUGUCUUCGCUGAAACCUACGAGAAUCAGACGAAGCUGGCCCUUGUGGGAAACUGGGGCACCACCGGCCUCACCUACCCCAAGUACACGGACGUCACCGGAAAGAUCAAGCUGCCCAAAGACUCCUUCCGACCUUCGCCGGGCUGGGCUUGGGCCGGGGACUGGUUCAUUAGUCCCGAGAAAACUUUGCUGUACGAUGUCGAUGCUGGUCACAUGACCUUUGUUGAGGAGGUGUUUGAGAACCAGAUGCGGUUACCAGGCGGACAGUGGAUUCAGAUGACCGACACCUACACGGACAUUAAUGGGGAGAAGGUUCUGCCGAAGGACGACAUUGAGUGCCCGGGAGGCUGGAAGUGGGAGGACGUGGAGUGGUCUACUGACCUCAACAGAGCUGUUGAUGAACAAGGCUGGGAGUACGGAUUCACCAUCCCACCCGACCGUAAACCCAAGACCUGGUCACCAGCCGAGAAGAUGUACCACACCAACAGGAGGCGCCGAUGGGUGCGGAUGCGGAAGAGGGACUUCAAACAGAUGGACGCGCUUCGCAAGACGAAGGUGGAGGACGUGGAGAACGAGGGUUGGGAGUAUGCAUCCCUAUUCGGCUGGAGAUUCCACCUCAAGCAGCGGAAGACGGACACGUUCCGAAGGCGGCGUUGGAGGCGUCGGAUGGAGCCACUGGAGAAGGCCGGGCCAUCAGCCGUCUUUGCCCUGGAGGGAGCCCUGGGAGGCAUUACAGAUGACAAGAAUGAGGAGAAGACCCUUAACCUGGGCGUGAACACCCCGACUGUCUCCUGCAUCUUCGACAGUGGGACGAGAUAUCAUCUGCGAUGUUACAUGUACCAGGCCAGGGACCUGAUUGCUAUGGACAAGGACAGUUUCUCCGACCCAUACGCCAUCGUCUCGUUCCUGCAUCAGAGCCAGACGACGGUUACCAUCAAAAGCACCUUGAACCCCAUCUGGGACCAGACGCUGAUCUUCCACGAGAUCGAGAUCUUCGGUGAGCCGGGAUUCUUCGGCACUAAACCACCGGAUAUUGUGGUUGAACUGUACGACCAUGAUACCUACGGUGCCGAUGAAUUUAUGGGCCGGUGUAUCUGCACGCCCUCACUGGAGCGCUCCCCACGACUGGCCUGGUACCCAGUGCUCAGAGGGAACAGGAAUGCUGGGGAACUUCUGGCUGCUUUUGAGCUUAUUCCACGGGAGAAGCGGUCGGUCCAUCGUAUUCCUGGCUUGGAGGACCAGUUCAGCACCCUGAAGGAGCUCUGUGUUCCUGACUUCUUCAGCGAGGGCCUGCUGAGAUGGGAGGAUGACACGGAUCUGCCGUACCCGCCUCCGCAGCGGGAAGCCGACAUCUACAUGGUGCCUCAGGGCAUCAAGCCUGUCCUGCAGCGUACUGGCAUUGAGAUUCUCACCUGGGGCUUGCGGAACCUGAAGAGCUACCAGCUGUCCAGUGUGUCCUCGCCCAGCCUCAUCGUGGAGUGCGGGGGAGAGAUGGUUCAGUCCUGCGUCAUUAAGAACGCCAAGAAGAACCCUAACUUCAGCACGUCCGUCCUCUUCUUCGAAGUGCGUUUACCGAAGGAAGAGCUAUAUGCUCCACCCAUCAGCAUCAAAGUGAUUGACAACAGGCAGUUUGGGAGACGGCCGGUCGUGGGCCAGUGCACCAUCAGGUCUCUGGAAGAAUUCUACUGUGACCCAUACACAGAGAAGAGAGAUAUGACACCUCUUCUGGCUGAAGCUCGAAGUCCGUCUUUGCGGGAUGACGUGCUGAUUGACAUUGAUGACAGACAGCCUCUGAUUCCCAGCCAGUUUCCAGGAAGCAUGACCAGCUCAGGCCUGAGUAAAUCCCUUUCCAUGUCCAGUCUCCAUGAAGAUGAAUUUGUUGACUGGUGGAGCAAGUUCUAUGCUUCAACAGGAGAGAGACACAAGUGCGGCACUUACCUGGACAAAGGCUUUGAUACUCUUGAGGUUUAUGACACGGAGCUGGAGAAAGUCAAGGACUUCGAAGGGUUAACGGACUUCUGUCGCACCUUCCCGCUGUAUCGUGGGAAGACUGAGGGUGAAGAUGAAGACCCGUCAGUGGUUGGAGAGUUCAAGGGAAGUUUCAAGAUCUACGCUCUACCGGAUGAUCCCUCACUUCCGUCACCACCCCGCCAGUUCCACCAGCUACCAACCAGCGGACUCCAGGAGUGCCUGGUCAGAGUCUACGUGGUCCAAGCGCUGGGGCUGCAACCCAAGGACUCCAAUGGCAAGUGUGAUCCAUACGUGAAAGUUUCUUUGGGAAAGAAGUCGGUUAGCGACCAGGAUAAUUACAUCCCGUGCACUCUCAACCCGGAGUUUGGCAGAAUGUAUGAGCUAACAGGAAUCCUGCCCAUUGAGAAGGAUCUGAAGGUCACCUUGUACGACUAUGACCUCCUGUCAAAGGAUGAGAAGAUUGGAGAGACUAUCAUCGACUUGGAGAAUCGCUUCCUGUCGCGAUAUGGUGCCUGCUGCGGCCUGCCCCAGACUUACUCCAUAUCUGGACCCAACCGAUGGCGAGACCAGCUCACACCGACACAGUGCCUGCACAUCUAUGCACAGAGACACGGUGACAGACUCCCUGUGUACAGGGAUGACAAGAUCUUGUUCAGAGGGCAGGAGUUUCAUCUCUCGGAGUUCGAGGACGGAGUGACUUUAAACGUCCACCUCGGACCGCCCACUGAGAGGCUGGCGCUAUACGUGCUGCGCAAGCAAGGACUGGUUCCAGAGCACGUGGAAACCAGGUCCCUUUACAGCCCACUGCAGCCCGAUAUCGAGCAGGGUAAGGUCCAGCUCUGGGUGGACAUCUUCCCAAAAUCACUCGGAACCCCGGGACCCCCGUUCAACAUAAAUCCUCGCAAAGCCAAGAGGUUCUACCUACGCUGCAUUAUAUGGAACACCUAUGACGUGAUCUUGGAUGACCUCAGCAUCACAGGGGAGAAGAUGAGCGAUAUCUACGUGAAAGGGUGGCUUCUGGGCUAUGAGGGUAACAAACAGAAGACGGAUGUUCACUACCGGUCGAUGGGAGGAGAAGGGAACUUCAACUGGAGAUUUGUCUUCCCAUUCGAUUACCUGCCCACUGAGCAAGUCUGUUCCAUUGCCAAAAAGGAACAUUUCUGGAGUCUCGAUAAGACCGAGGUCAAAAUCCCUCCACAGCUUAUGAUUCAGAUCUGGGACAAUGAUAAAUUCUCUUUUGAUGAUUAUCUGGGAUCGGUUGAGAUGGAUCUGAACCGGAUGCCCAAACCGGCCAAGACCGCAGAGAAGUGCAGCCUGCGGACACUGGAGAGCGAUGCACAAGUCUCACUUUUCGAGCAGAAGUCCGUCAAGGGCUGGUGGCCCUGUGUGGCCGAGGCAGAAGGCAAGAAGAUCAUCGCCGGAAAAGUGGAAAUGACGCUGGAGAUCGUGACGGAGAAAGAGAGUGAGGAACGGCCUGCCGCUCAGGGUCGUGACGAGCCCAACAUGAACCCCAAACUAGAGCAACCAAAGCGGCCAGACACGUCUUUCCUCUGGUUCACCUCGCCCUUCAAGACGGUGAGGUACAUAGUGUGGAGGAGGUUCCGCUGCCUCAUCAUCGGGCUGCUCAUUCUCUUUGUGUUUGUGCUUUUCAUCAUCAUCUUCCUGUACUCCUUCCCGGAAUAUGCUGCUAUGAAGCUGGUGAAGCCAUUUCAGUGAGGCCCUCAUGGUGAGGAACUGCUCCAGGUGAGGGUGCUCACAUCCCCACUGGAAACCUGGCCCAACAGGACACAGAAUUGCCUUUGAAUAUUACGCUGCGGCAUUACAUGUAGAGCUUGCGGCUGGAUUCCAUAAGUGCCAAGCCCCUUGGUGCCCGCUGCCUUUGCCCACUGCCUGCCCAGCGUCACACCAGAGAUCCGUGACUGCUCAGACUUUCUCUGCACCUAAAUCUGCUUUCCCAAACACCCCACCACCACCCACACACCACCUCUCUCACUCUGCUGACGCUUCGCUGCUCAGCAAGAGAACAGGAUGCACUGAGCUAGGACAAGAUGAGACAAGCAAGGUGGGCCCCCCCCAUCCAAUCUUCAUCUUCGAGGACCCUGCAAUUCAGUGUGGUGCCACAGCACCGCUCCACUCCCCCUGAGAACAACCUAACCUCAGUUGGACUGAAAUACUGCCCCUCCCCUGCUUCACUGAGCAGGGUGCCAGAGGUGAGUUAAUGUCCUUCAGGAGACGGGCAUGUCUGAAAUGUGGGAACGCAGGAGUCGAGCAGCGUCAGAAUCAGGUUUAACAUCACUGGCGUAUGUUGUGAAAUUCAUUGUUUUGCGGCAGCAGUACAUUGCCUUACAUAAUAUUAAGAAUAACAAUAAGAAAUAUAUUUAAAAAAAUAAAUUAGAUAAGUAGUGCAAAAGGAGGCUGAGCGGAGAUCUGAUAGAGAUUUAUAAGAUUGAGAAACAUGGAUAGAGGAGACAGAGAGUAUCUGUUUCGUAGAGUUGUAAUGUCUUAAUACAAGAGGACAUGCAUUGAAGGUGAGAGGGGGUAAUUCCAAAGGAGAUGUGGGGGACAAUUUUUUUUUACACAGAGAGCGGUAAUUGCCUGGAAUGUGCUGUCCUAAGGUGAGGUAGAGCCAGACACAUUAGAGAUGAUUAAAUAGGCACAGGAAUGAGAGGAAAAUGGAAGAAGCGCCUGUUCCUUUGCUGUACUGUUCUAUGUUCUAAUAAGCCUCGUUGCCUUAAAUCCUUCUCUUGCCCCUCACCCGUGAGUAUCCCCAACACAAGCAAUGGUGGCUUGGAUAUUGUCGGAUGCCCUGUGUGACAUCCCUCACAACUCAUGUCCCCACCAGCCAAGCUCAGGGAAACUGCCAGGUGGACCUCAUUGCAUUCAAUUUCCCAAAAGUCUGGUGGACCCAGUCCCACUUUCAGAUUGGCUGGCUGUUUCCUCUCUGUCUGUGGAAGGGCCACCAAAGGGUUCAUGUGUUGUCAAUCGCAUUGUCUCUCACUGACAAUAUGUCAGUGAAUUGAAUUCCACUCCUUGGGGACACUCUGUGGAAAGCACUGAUCAGACCUCUCCUCUCCCCUGGACAAGGUGAUUAAAGCUCAGGUAAUUCCCAAGAAUGUUCAAACCACUAAUUUUUUCUACCUUCAGGUAGGUCUGGAGGUCUCUGCGUAUACUGAGAUUGGUGGACUCUUUCACUCUGGGUGUACGGCUCUCCCUCUGUGUGGGGGCCUUGGAAACCACCCUCUGUGCUGGGGCUUGGGAGAUCUCCCUUCCCGCUGGGGCCUGGUAAACCUUCCUCCAUGGUGGGGCCUGCAAGAUCUCCCUCGCUGCUGGGGCAAGGGAGAAUCCUCUCUGUGCAGGGCUUUGGAGACCCUCCCUCCACAUUAGUGCACUUCCUCUGCACUGGGACCUUGGGGACCAUCCCUUGGUGCUGGGGCCUGAGAGACCCUCUCUCCAUGCUGGUUCCAUGGAGACCCUCCCUCUGUAUUGGGAGAACUUCUUUAGGCUCUAGUCUUGGAGACCUCUCUAUGCUAGGGCCUUGGAGACUCCCUUGACUGUGGCCUGGGGGACCCCUCUUUCCUUCUGGGGCCUGGGAGAAACUCGCUCCACUCCAGGGUCUAAGGGAUCCUCCCUCCACCCAGCCACCCAGCAGCCUGGGGACCCUUCCUCUGCAGACGGGCCUAGGAGAACCAUCCCCCUCCGUGCUGGGGCCUGGAGGAAUUACCCUUCACACUGGAGCCUAAAGGACCCUCCCUUAGCCCUGGGGCCAGGUAGAGCCUUUUUCCGCAUUGGGCUUAUUUCCCUCUGCACUCCUCCCAAGGUAAUCUCCAUCCAAGUAAAAGCAGAGAAUGCUGGAAACACUCAGCACAUUGGUCAGCUUCCACAGAAAGAGAAACUGUUCAGAGACUCUUCUUUAGAGUUUUGAAGUCAUCCAUCACAGAAACAGGCCCCUCGACUGCACUGGUCCCUGCCAGUCAUGAUUCCCAUCUAAUCUAAGCCCACUGGCUCCUUUUCCCUCUAAACCACAGGUUUCCAACCUGGGGUCUAUGGGCCCCUUGGUAAUCUUAAGGGUCCAUGGCAUAAAGAAGGUUGGGAACCCCUGGUCUAAACUUUUCCUGUCCAUGUACCGUCCAAGAGGCUUAUAAAUUCUAUUUAUUUAUUAAUUUAUUUAGUGUUACAGGCCUGUGUGGCCCAGCGAGCUGCACCACCCAGCAACCCACAUAUUUAACCCAGUCUAAUCACAGGACCAUUUGCAAUGACUAAUUAGCCUACUAACCAGUACGUCUUUGGACUGUGGGAGGAAACCAGAGCACUCGGAGGAAACCCACGCAUUCCUGAGGAGGACGUACAAACUCCUUACAGGCAGCGUCAGUACUGAACUCUAAACCCCAACUGUAAUAGCAUCACAUUAACUGCUACGUUACCGUGGCAUCCCAAAUUAUGGUCAUGUGCCUGUCUCAACCACUCCCUCUGGCAGCUCAGUCCAUUUACUGACCACUCUUUCGGUAUCUACAUAAAAAAAUAUUGCCCCUCAAGUUCCUAUUGAAUCUCCCCUCUCACCUUUAACUUAUGCCUUCACACUCCUGAUUCCUCAACCCUGGGGAAAAGACUGAGUGCAUUCUCCCUAUCUAUAGAGUUCUCCUUCUUUCUCGACGUUACUGUAAUAUUUAAAGGACAUUUGGACGAAUUCAUGGAUAUGAAGGGAUUAGAGCAGUAAGGGUGAAACACAGACAAAUUGGGUUGGCUUAGAUAGCCAACCACUCUUGGUCAGCAUGGAUUAGAUGGGCCGAAGGACCCCCUUCUGUGUUGUGUGACUAUGAAUCUACAAGAGUAUAAAUGGUCAGAUAGGAGAGGCUAAACAAUCUUAAGCAACAUACUCAAAGUGCUGGAGGAACUCAGCAGGUCAGGCAGCAUCCAUGGAUAUGAACAAACUGUUGAGGUUUUGGGCCGAGACCCUUCUUCAGGACUGGGUUGAUGUUUCAGGCAGAGGCCCACCUUCAGGACUGGGUUGACGUUUCAUGCCAAGACCCUUCUUCUAGGCUGAUUAAUCUUGUCUUUUCCCUGCAGCCCACCAAAUCCUCCCUUGUUUCUGGCUUCUCAAACAUUUCUGAGCUCAUCUGUCCAACCAUCUUCCUCUGUGUUGGCCUUAUCUCCAGAAGUCUCUCCCUAAACCUCCUGCCCUCCUCCCAGCACCUACAGAAACCUGCACCCUCGAUGUAAUCUUUAGUGCCCCAACAUCUGAUCAUGGCACUGUGCCAGAUGUCGUGUUUGCAAGCACUCCCCGGGAGCACAUUAAGACAUCUCACUAUGUUAAACCUGCUUUCUAAUACAUUUUGUUGAGUAUUUUUGGAUCCCAUGUUUUUCAGUUCGAGUUUAUUAUGAUUUUCAAAGUCAAUUAUAUCAGCAGUAAAUGAAAUGCCAGCCCUCCUCAAACUUUGCUUGAACACUAUUUAGAUUUUCAAGGGAGGGGUGUCUACACUGAGUGGUAAGAUCAGCAAAGGAUGCUGGUUGAUAUGAAGGAAUUACUGUUCUUGUUGUCUUGGCUUUGCCAGAAUAUGAUUCUUGGUAUGUUUGAAUUAAAAUAAAAUAAAUAUAUAUUUUA